CUCCGCCCCCGCUCCCCCUUUUAAAUAGCGGCGAAGCGCCGCUCGGAGCCGAGCCGAGCCAAGCGGAGCCAUGGGGCCGAUGGCGCUGCUCGGCAUCCUGGCGGCCGCCGCCCUGGCAGGUGUCAGCACAGUUCCAGUGGAAAAAGACCAUAUGGAAGAAAUGAUAACAAGGUGCAUAGUGGAAGUUCUAUCCAAUGCUCUGUCUAAGCCAAAUGCCCCACCAAUUAAUCCUGAAUGCAAAGAAAUCCUCAAGAAGGGUGGUAAAAGUGACAGAGAGAGAAGCGAAGACAAACAGCUUGAAGUCGGGCGUUUGAAAGAGCCAUCAGAGUUUGAAAACCCACACUCUGAAAGUGUGGAGAGUGAACAGAGUCAAGCAGAAGAUGACUCUAAAAAGCGCAUGAAAGGAAGUGAUGAAGAGAAGUCUCAUCCUGGGGAAGGUAACAGCAAGGAAGAUGAGGAAGGACGCCACAUACCUGUUCAUGAAGAGAAACUUCAUACAGAAGAAAAGAAACAAUAUCAGGAAAUCAGAAGAGAGAACAGCUACCACAGUGAAGAAGACAAAGAGAACAAGCAAAGUGAUGGAGAAGACCAUGCUGUUCUCAACAAGAAGUCUCACUCUGCAGGCAUGAGCACAGAGGAGGUCUCUGAAGAGAAUGAUCAACGCCCCAUGGGUCACUGGCAUUCAGAGGAGGGAAUGCAAAGCCCUUACAAAAGAAUUCAUGAAGGUGAAGAAGGAGAGGCGGAGGAAGAAAGAAGUGAAAAAUACCACCUGAGUGAGUCUAAGGGACGUGAUUUCUCCCAACAUGAGGAACAUGAAGAAUCUGAUGAGAGUGAAGAAGUGAAGGAAGAAAAAAAGUCCUACAAACCAAAACGUUAUGGGAAACACAGAAUGGGUGAUUCCUCUGAAGAGAAGAGAGGCCAUGGUGAGGAUAAAGAGGAACUAGCUGAAGAAUCAAAUACAGAGGAGUCUCAUCUCUGGGACAAAAGGAACAGCCGUCAGAAACAACACCACGAAGAAUCUGAGCAGCAGCAUGAAGAGAAGAGUAGUUAUCAUGGAAGGCAUGGAUCUGAAGGUAUGGAGGAGAAGAGGCAUGUGGGCCAGGGAAGCGUGGAGUACAGAGACAGGUGGCAGCAGAGUGAGGAGAAGAGCCAAGAGGAAAAUAAGAGGCAUCACCACAGUGAAGAAAGUAAUGAGAAAUGGCAUGAAGAGAGGAGACACCAUUCUGAGGGAAGGGAAUAUCAUGGAGGUGAAAGUGAGGAAGAGCUAGACAGGUAUCACAGUGACAGCAGCAAGGAGAAGCAGCAUCAUGCUGGAGGAAGGUACCGCUUGUGGGACAAUGAAGGUGAAGGGACACAAAAAGUGUACACACAGGAGCACAAAGGGCAGGCCAGAACACACUACAGCAACGAGGACAGCGUUGAGCAGCAGCACUACCCUGGUAACAGUGAUGAGGAGGAAGAAGAAGUAGAAAAGAAGCAUUACAGCAGUGAUCAGAUAGAAAACGAAGAGGAGAAUAUGGAACAAGGAGGAUAUGCAGAGAAAGAAGAGUACAGAAGCCGUCUCCCUGCAGAGAAUGAGAAGAGAACCGCAGCAUCCUACAGCUCUCUGUACCCACUUCUGUGGUGGAAGAGCCAGCACUUAGAGAAAAGGAACAGUGCAGGAGAGAGGCUUCCAGAGAGUAAGGAGGAAAGCAGGCCCACCCUGAGCGAGAAGAAUCUUUUCCCUGAGUACAGUGACUAUGACUGGUGGGAUAAAAAGCAGCUCCUGAGUGCUCUGAACCAUGGGCGCUCUGAGAAGAGGAAUCUUAGCAAAAGGAACAGAUACGAUAUGAAAAGGCAGUACGACAAGAUGGAUCAACUUGCACAGCUUCUGAAUUACAGGAAGAAAUCGGCUGAAUUCCUGGAGCUGUACAAUUCCGGAGAAGACAUGAAGAAACGUCACGUAAUCAGGAAUGACAAAGGAACUCUGAACCAGAGGCCUCUGACAGAGGAGGAGGCAAAAGAGCUGGAAAACCUGGCUGCUAUGGAUUUGGAGCUGCAGAAAAUAGCUGAGACGUUUAAUGGCAACAGGAGAGGCUGAAGAUGAUCUGCUUUGGUGUUUCAAAGCUAGGUGUAGCUGUACUCACAAUACCUGUAUUUUGUGGUAAAUUCACUGCCACUGGAUUGUUGUUUGCCCUAAAAAACAAGAAAUACUAUUUACUGUCCACUAUAGUGUAGUGAUUUAUAAAGCUGGACAUGUCUUUAAUUUGCUAUUUUGCUAUUGAAAUUUGAAUAGCGUGAAUUUUAAUAUUAUAACCUUUCAUGCAAGGCAGAAAUUUUUAAUAUGCUUGUGGAAAUAAUUGUGUUAGUGUUCCUGGGAAAUAUAUGUCUGAGUUUGAAAUAAUAAAAAGCAUUGAUUUUGGAGCAAA